AUGGUCAUUUACUCAUCUCUCUCUCUCUCUCUCUCUCUCUCUCUCUCUCUCUCUCAGCUUUUUAUUCUAUGUUUUUAUCUCUCUAUCUCUCUCUCUCUCUCUCUCUCUCUCUCUCUAUCUCUAUCUAUCUAUCUAUCUAUCUAUCUAUCUAUCUAUUUUCACUUUCUCACUCAACAAUACUUUCAAGGGGAGAUAACCCCCUCCCCCUCUCUCUCUCUCUCUCUCUCUCUCUCUCUCUUCUCGCUCUCUUUCUUCUUUUUUUCUACUUUUCAAGUACUACUCUUUCUCUUACGCCUCUUUCUAUUACUGCUUAUUCCCUUCUUCUUUUCUUUUUCUUCUUGCACUACAACUCUUCUUCACGCCCCUCUUUCUCUUACUGUUUAUGCUCUUCUUCCUUUUCUUCUUCCAACACUAAAACUCUUUCUCUUUUUGCUACUGCUUAUUUUCUCUUCCUUAUACCCCUCUUUCUAUUACUGCCUUUCUUCUUCUUCUUCUUCUUCUUCUUCUUCUUCUUCUUCUUCUUCUAACACUACAGCUCUUCCUUAUACCCCUCUUUCUAUUACUGCCUUUCUUCUUAUUCUUCUUCUUCUUCUUCUUCUUCUUCUUCUUCUUCUUCUUCUUCUAACACUACAGCUCUUCCUCAUACCCCUCUUUCUAUUACUGCUUUCUUCUUAUUCUUCUUCUUCUUCUUCUUCUUCUUCUUCUUCUUGCUGCUUUUGUACGUCUUUUUCUACUACGAACACGCCUUUCCUCUUCCUUUUUCUUCUUCUUCUUCAUUUACUCCUUCUUUUCUUUCAUCUUCUUCAUUUACUUCUUCUUUUUCUAGUAUUAAUAUUUUUUAUUCUUUCUCUCUCUAUUUCGUCUCUCUAUUCCCCUUUGGCUUUCUUCUCUUCUUCUAUCUCUAUCUCUUCCUUUUCUCUCACUUCUUCUUUUUCUCUUUCUCUCACUCUAUCAUCAUCUCUCCACGUUUCUCUUCUUCAACUUAUACUAAUUUGUUUCCUUUCCCAUUUUUUUCUCUCCUCUUUCUCUCAUUUCCUUAUCAUCGCUAUGACGAUGGAAGAUGAACUUUCUUUCAAUCCUUCAUCAUCUCUAAACACUUUUUUUCUCCUACCCAUUCUUAUUCGCUUCCUCUUUUUUCCUCUUCUCUUUCUUUCACCGUUUCGCUUCUUUCUCAUAUUCCUUCCUCUUCUGUCCAGCUUGUCUUUUCUUCUAUUCAUUCUAAUCCAAUUAUUCGUUUUAAUUCUUAGUCUUCUCCUUUGGUUAAUUCUUUUUUGCUUCCGCCAUAUUCUUACAUUUUUCUUCUUCCUUCCGCUUUUUUUUUUUUUUUUUUUUUUCGUAUCUGCCAACUUGCCCCUCUUCUCUGUAAUUAUCUCCCCUUUUUAA